AUGUCAAUCACCAAAUCAUCUACUCCGGAUCUUCGCUCCAUCUUUGACAAGGUGCAGGGAUGGGCCUCGGGCGCUAUUUUGCUCCAGGUCAUUGGUGUCGCAGACGCCACAGGUCUCCUAAAAUAUCUCCAUGCUUUGAAACAACCCCAAACUGUCGCUCAAAUCACAGCUGGCACUAAACUCGUCGAACGUUAUGUACAAGAGACACUGCACGCCCUCGCUGCUGGCGCCAUCAUUCAAUACGAUGAAAAGACUGGUUGCUUUAGUAUGUGGCCUGGUGCUGGUGCUGUAUUAGCAGAUGAGACGCAUCCCCUUUUCAUGGCCGGGUGGCCAGACUUUGCUGCGCGACUGACUAGUGUCAGAGAUGGUGUCGUUAAAGCCAUGAAAGAAGGAGGUGGUGUCGCAUUCUCUGAAUACAAGAUGGGCAACACACUAAACAGAAUCAAUGCGCCCUCCUCAAACGCACUGUUGGUUAAGAAGUGGCUGCCUGGUGUUCCCGGAAUGGUGAAACGAAUGGAGUCUGGAAUUACAGUCGCUGAUGUAGGCUGUGGAAGCGGACACGCUACAAUCACAAUGGCCAAAGCCUUCCCUAAAUCCAAAUUCACUGGAUUCGAUGUCGACGAUGCCUCGCUUGUGUUGGCUCGUUCUCAAGCUGUUAAAGCUGGCGUCAAGAAUGCUGAGUUCGUGCUCGCUGGUGCUGAGGAUUUGCCUGCCAAUUCAUUCGAUUUUGUCUUGACCUUUGAUGUCAUACACGACAUCCCACAUCCACUUCCAGCUUUACAAUCUCUUCAAAAGAGUUUGAAGCCUGGUGGUAUUUACGUGAUGGUAGAACCGAAGUGUUCUGCUCAUCUUGGUGACAAUGUGAAGAAUGGAUUAGGCAUGAUGUAUGGUAUCAGUCUGUUGCAUUGCAUGACUCAAUCUCUAGCUAGAGGAGGAAUCGGUCUUGGAUCAUGCUGGGGUCCAGACCAGGCCAAGCAAUACGGAUUGGAGGCAGGAUUCAAACACUUUGUGACUCUGCCUAUAAACAAUGCAGCAAACACGUUCUUUGGUCUGUCUAACGACCAACCACCUAAACUGUAG